AUGGAUGGUGCAAGUCAGGUGAGGAUACAUAGCUUUAUCGGCUACUUGCGAGAUCAGUUACAAGUAGAUUCGAUAGGAGAUGCUACUCCAGUGGAGCGGGUUGAAAAGAUUGCUAGACUUUACAUAUUUGUUAUAUUGGGGGGCAUCUUAUUUCCGAACACGUCGGGGAACCUUAUUAGCUUACAAUACUUGGCGUUCCUAGAUCCCAUCCAUGAUGUAGGUAAGUACAGUUGCGGCAGUGCAGUGUUGGCCUACUUGUACCGUGCACUUUGUCGGGCAUCUAUCGAUAACGUGGUUGACAUUUGCGGAUUUAUUCCUCUCCUUCAGGUUUGGUGUUGGGAGAGGAUCUUGCAUGUACAACCAUCAGCUCCUUCACCGCAUGAUGGUGACACAUUACUUCCAUAUGCUAGGCGUUGGACGCGUGGAAUUGAUAGGGAUACUGAGUCACAUCAUGUUCUUAUCCCGAUUAGGGACCAACUAGACCGCAUGAUGGAGGUUCAGUUUCGAUGGACACCGUAUAAUGAGAUUUUACAUACACUGCUUCGUUGUUGUACAAUGGAUGAGACUUUAUGGAUGGCAUGCGUGCCUAUUCUUUGCCUAGAGAUUGUUGAGGUGCACACGCUUGAUAGAGUGAUGCGUCAGUUUGGUCGUCCCCAACAUGUACCUGCGAUUCCUAGUUGGGGAACCAACCACCACGUGCAUGAUCAGCGUAGGAGGCUUGGACCGGAGGUUCUUGAAAUGUUGGUUAAAUAUUUUGAUGAUUGGGGUAAUCGACAUCAGAGUUUAGAGCAUUGCAAUAGAAGGUUGCUUAUAGGUAAGCCUGCAUUGGAUGAUAUGUCUCAAACACCCGGAAGAAAAAAGAUUGUUACAAGAAUUGUAAAGAAUGUGAACAUAAAUGAUCUUCUGGCCAAAAAGAGGAAGAGGGACAAUGAAGAUGAGGAUGGAUGGAUAUACGGGACUUAG